AUGCCUCUAUUUAAAUCUCGAACCAUCUUUGUGUCGGCCUCAUUGUUCUUCUUGCCGGUCAUGGUCCUCUGUGCAGUACUAUGCCUACCACUAAUUGCAUGUAUUGUUGGUGCCAUGUAUUUAAUUGCUUGGAUAGUAUAUCUCCAACUCGCACAGACCCAUGUCGAAUUCAAUCUACCUUAUAAUCCCUCACGCGUACUCAAAAUCAACCUCAUUAUACUCGAUCUUCUUGUCGGAUGGAUCUAUGAGAUCCCAAUCAUCGUAUCAUUCAUCUAUUGGCGCUACUGGACCAUGAGAAACCAAAGAUUCCAACACAUUGUAAAGCGGGACAUUACUUAUUCGGAUGCUGAUCCAGACUGUAAGCUCGACGUCUACUCACCUAGUGCUAGUCCUUUGGGCGAUAAAAAGAAAUCACCAAUCGUUGUAUUCAUCUAUGGCGGGUCAUGGUCAUCUGGGUCAAAAUACAUCUACACCCCACUGGCCAAUACGCUGCGAGAGAUGGGCUAUGUGGUUGUUGUGCCCGACUAUCGCAAAUACCCGCGUGUCAUGGUGGACGAGAUGUAUGCCGACGUUCGACAGGCAAUCAAGUGGGCCUACAAACAUGCUUCCGAAAUCCACGGAGAUCCAGAACUGCUCUAUGUCAUGGGCCACAGUGCAGGUGCACAUCUUGUAUCCCAGGUUGUCUUGACCGAUUUGGUUGACAAGGCAUCCUAUGCUGAAGCAGCUCGUGACAGAACAGCGAAUCAUAAUAGCCACGGCCAUAACCAUACCAGUAGUAUUAAUAGUAAUAAUAGCAGCAAUAGCAACAUGUCAUCAUUGAUCAGUGAAAAGCAUGAUCCAUCAUCAAUUAUCAAACCUAUGAUGAUGGCACCACCGCAUCAUACAACUUCAUUACCACCACCAUCACCACCACUGCCACUUUAUAACCACAGCCAUCAUCCUAUUCAUGGAAGCAUCUAUGAUUUCUUACCUCAAGUCGAAGGUCUCUUGUUACUCGCGGGUGUUUACAACAUUGAAACUCACCUUGAACAUGAAACAAGUCGUGGAGUGGAAAAGAUAUCAGCCAUGGCACGGGCAAUGGGAUCUAGUGUGGAUGGCUAUCGAGCAAACUCGCCGACCGAGUUAAUAAGAUCCAGUCAGGGACUGUUUGCUACCUCGACCGAAGUGAUUGACUUUAUGCCCAGGAUUCUGUUUAUACAUGGUGAAAUUGACACCACCGUACCAAAGGAACAAUCGGCGGAGAUGUACAACGUCCUCGGAGAAGUCUUGUCACCCGAACGCCGCGUUGAAGUCGACAUUCGCAUGCUAUUCUACAAAUCAAUGAGUCACUCACAAUGUGUUACAGCAUUCAUGCCAAGUUGUUUGGGUAAAGACAGGUUACAGAAAUCAUUGGCAAGAGAUAUCCAAGAAUUCAUCAAUGUACCUGUGGAUGAAGAUGAAUAA